AUGUUCUCGAAGACUAGAUCCUUGCUCUACGCUCUCGCUGUCCUUGCUGUCCUUGCUCCGGUCAAGUCAGCGCCGACGCCCCAAGAAGAAUUUACGAUUAUUGGCGAUGAUCUGCCUCGCUCUUCUGGGAGAGUCACAGCGACCUCCGCCCCCUCUGUCACUCAGACCACCGCAUCGAUCACCAUUGUUUCUCCCAAGGCAGAACAAACCGGUGUAUCAGAAAUUACCAGGCAGAAUGCACUGGCUGCCCAGCAACAAAAUGCUGGUUUUGCCAACUUGAAUGUGGAUGAUGCCUGUCAAAACGGAGAGCAAGCAUGCAUAAGUGGAUUUUUUGUCCUCUGUGCAUCCGAAAAAUGGCAGGUGUUUUCGUGUGGUCCCCCCAAGUCCUGCUUCGCCCUUCCCAAACAAGGCGUUAACGGCACUGGGAUCCUUUGCGUCACUGAGAGUGUUGCCAAAGACAUAUUUGCAGAUGCUGGUGUCACUGGUGGAAUUACUGGCUCGGAUCCAACAGGCCAUUGCACAACUGCCACCUCUACCCCGGUUCCCAAGUUCACAACCUUGCCACCCUCAGGCUCCUUCUCAAUCGACCAGACCCUCACAUUUACUGUAAAUGUGCCCAAAUCGUCUGCUACUAUCGUCGAUCAAGUUGUCACUGUCACUACGAGCACUACGACAAUCACUGUAGAACCCUCAGCCAGCGCCAACGCCUUGUUUGUCCGUGAAAGGCCUCAGACGCCGAGUCCUGUACCAGUCUCUUCUACCACAAUUUCUGAGGCGUCUUCCACGCCUAGUUCUACCAAUCCAGACAUUGUCGUAAUUGGCUUAAGUACUCUGCCAGGCACGGCGGUUCCCAGCUCGUCAGCGUCAACUGUUACUCCUAUUACGGUUAUUCCCAAUCCCACCGCUGUCGUUACACCUGCUGGCUCAGACCCCGCUACCACAGUUGCUCCUUCGAACACUGCUGGAGGUAGUGCGAUUCCUGUCGUAACUGCUACUGGUGCUGAUGGCAUCGUGACUGUCGUCAUCAUGUCUGCAUCUACCGUCACGGUGACUGCGCCAGCCACGGCUUGUGCCCCAUCGAACACGAUUAUCACUCCUUCUGUCCCCUCCUCCUCGGUCACAUUUUUCACCACUCCUACUAUUUCUCCUCAGGAGACCACAGUGCCCGUUAUCAUUGCUUCGUCUUCCGCGCCUGUCUUCACUGUCUCCUUCCCUUCCGCCUCCGCCUCAAGUUCCACGCCUGUAGUCGUGAGCAGUACUACUUCUGCAGCAGGUCGAUUCUCGUUCUCAACUGGUGCGCCUUUCCCUACCGUUGUUCCUAGUGGUGGAGGGGAAUUUAGCGACAUCUCCGUGUUGUUGACAGCCACUGUCGGUGGGAACUAG